AUGCGCAGUCCAUACGUCAGCCCGGCGUCGAUGCGCGUGCUGCGUGCAUACUACGGCGAUGCGUUCGCACAUAGCGUGCAGGACCCUGACAAUCAAACAGAUGGAACGGCAGCGCGGAAGCGCCUGCGGGAGAUGGCAUCGGUGCCUGGGACGCCCGCCAUUGGGCCCGAGACACCAUUGGAACCGUCUAUGAAUGGCGAGGUGAACGGACUGAAGCCGAGCCCUACGAGCCUGGCGCGGCCGCAGAUAUCGUCGCCACGGGGGCUGAGUCUGUUCAGCGAGUUCCCGCGUGCGUGCAUCGUGCUGGGGGACGCAGAGCGGCUAGAGCGGGAGGUGAUGAAGCUGGUUAGCGGGAUGGAGCGCGAUGGGGUGGAUGUGCGGACAAUUUGGGUAGAGGACGGUGUGCACGACGUGCUGAUGAUGGGGUGGUGGGAUGAGCGGGUGCGGGCGAAGAUGACACGUCAGCCUUGCACAUUCUCGCAUGCACGCGGAGGCGGUACAGUAUUGUUCUUGAUUCCUGAGGUCAAGUUGCGCUAUGCAGCAGAUCCGAUGAUGCGAGCAUUGUGGACCUGCCUAGCAGGUAGCCCGUUGGGCAGAUCUAGGGCGUAUUGCUCUCUCGAUGCAAUUGACCAUAAUGUGCUGCACGGAGGCGGCCAGAAGACGUAUGCGACCAUCGGUCAGGUCGUAUCGCAGAGAUACUCCCGGCGGCAUGCCGCCCAGCGAUCCGCGAUUUUUCAAGCCGCUGUUGACUUUCUAACCGUCUUCGCGUCGGAUGGUAGAAGACGUCCUCGCUCUGCGGUCUCAAGAGCAUGGCGAGUUGCUUCGACGAGCAGGACCCCAUGGACAGCCUUGUGGUCACCAAACGGGAACACUGGAUUGGCUAGGUUGGUCGAAGCCAUCGUCUGA